AUGACCGCGUGCCCGCGUAACCUGUCCAGGCCGGGAAAGCACCUGACAGAGCUCCAGGCCAAGAUUUGGGAAGAGCUCGGGAUCUCCGUGGUUGAUGGCCGUGCUGCGGUGGCGCGCAUCCCUGGAUCGGGCCAGGCCAGCAGCGCUGUGGCCACGUCGUCCUUGCCCGCACUGAAGCAGGCUUUUGCGGCCGCCACGGAUGCCGUGUAUCUGCAGUGCCUGGAAGACAGGCGGCCGGAAGUUCUCCAGAAGGAGGGCAGGAUGUCCCGGAGUGUUGUUCUGGAGUUCUUGGAUGCCUGCAACGUGAAGAUGGACACAGCCGAGGUGCAAGAGAAGCUUCGGCGCAAGAUCCAGGAAACAGGGGCCCUGCCAGAGACCGUGGCGAACGAAGUGCAUGACGAGGUCAUGGAACUUCUGGGCUUUGAGAGCGCGUAUGGGCAUUCUUGCUUCGCUGAAUUUGGCACAUCACAGGAGUUUGCCCAUGACAAAGACGUUGCCACGGCCUAUGCGAGAUGGCGUGGUCAUUCCAGUGAGAUAAUGUUCAAGCUUCUCUACGACCACUGGCACAGUGGUGGUGCGCUGCAUGUCGACGCAGUGGUGAAACACCAGAUGAUGAAGCACGGGGCGAAGGUCCAGUUGAAUCAGAUGUCGACUGACGAGCGCCGGCAGUUGCUGGAGUCCAGCAUCGACAAGGUCAGCGUCUUCCACAAACUGCCGCACGAUGGGCGACAACGCUAUUUGGAGCGGCUGGAUGACCAGGAGAUGCUGGAGUUCACGAAAGCUGAGAUCUUGGUGGCCACCUUGGUGCAAAGUCGCCACCAUCCGCACCGGACGGAGUAA